UAUGGCGCCAAAUCAAUCAAACCGCCGCCUCCAAACAGAAGCCAAACCCCGCGAAAGGAAACCCUCCAAGCUGGAGUCGCCGCCGCGAGAAGCAGCCAGCGACAAGCGGCCGAGGGCGAUGGCGAUGGCCGGCGCCACCCUCCUGCACGCCAUGGCGGAGCUCAUGACCACCUGCACGCGGCGGCUGCAGCGCGCGGCGAGGCGGGUCGCCACCGCCGCCGCCGCAGCCGCCGGGAAGCAGGGGCUGUCGUCUUGUCCGCCGAUCACGUCCCGCGCGGUGGUGCCGUGGAGGAAGGCGUUCUCGCUGCCCGCCGCGGCGACCAAGGGGAAGGCGGCGCGUUCCGGCGGGGGCGGGGGCGGGGCGGAGGAUACGGGCGGGCUGUGGCGGAAGGAGAUCCUGAUGGGGGAGCGGUGCCAGCCGCUGGACUUCUCCGGGGUGAUCUACUACGACGCAGACGGCCGCCGCCUCGCGCACCCGCCGCCGCCGCGCUCCCCGAUGCGCAGCCCGCUCCCGGUCUCCGCCAAGCUCGCCGCCAACGCCGGCAGCGCGUACUAGCCCGACGCGGCGGCGGCGCCACGAGCUUGCAAGCUUGCUUGCCUCGCUCCCCGGGAUGCUUGAGCCGAUCGAGCGCGGCGGCGGCCGGCGGUGAAGCUUUGCUCGGGCUGCUCUGUUCUUGUGUUCUCGUGUCGUGUGGGUGGGAGGCAGAGUGUGUGCUCGUGUGUGUACGUGGGGCGUGUACAUGUAGCUGAUCACUAGAUUAAUUAAAUUAAUUAAUGGUGUUCUUGCUGCUGUUUCCUCUCAUCUUAAUCUCUUCUUGUUCUUCUCUAAUGGUAAUGUAAUGAUAGAUUAUGCAGGGAUCUUUAUAGAUAAUUACUAUAUUGCAAGCAUGCAAUAUUUGGCUGUGUCUGCAGUUUCUCAUUCUUUGAUCAUUAUGCUCUCCAAGUUUAUCACUUG